AUGGCUCAGAUAUCCAACAAUAAUGGAUUUAAGCAAUGUUCAUCACAUCUGGAACCAACAAGAACAAAAGAAGUGGACAAAGAAGAAGCAUUACAGAUGGAAGCAGAGGCUUUAGCAAAACUGCAAAAGGAUAGAGGAGUGACUGAUAAUCAGAGAGCCUUUGAGUUAUCAAGCAACACCAGACAAAAAGCACAAGUUUAUAACAAACAGGAUUAUGAUCUCAUGGUGUUUCCUGAAACUGACACCCAAAAAAGAGCAGUAGAUAUUGAUGUAGAAAAGCUCACGCAAGCUGAACUUGAGAAACUAUUGCUUGAUGAAAAUUUCGAAACUAGGAAAACACCUGUCUUGCCAGUUACUCCUGUUCUGAGCCCUUCGUUUUCAGCACAGGUGUAUCUUAGACCUACUAUUCAGAGAGGACAGUGGCCACCUAGGUUAUCAGGGCCUUCCACAUAUACUUUACCUUCUAUUUAUCAGUCAACUUACAGCAGUAAACAGACUGUAUUCCAAAAUGGCUUCAGUCCAAGAAUGCCUGCGUUUCCAUCCACAGAACCUAUAUAUUUAAGCUUUCCAGGACAGUCUCCAUAUUUUUCAUAUCCUUUGACACCUGCCACACCCUUUCAUCCACAAGGAAGCUUACCUAUCUAUCACCCAGUAGUCAGUCCUGACAUGGCAAAGCUGUUUGACAAAAUAGCUAGUACAUCAGAAUUUUUAAAAAAUGGAAAAGCAAGGACUGACUUGGAGAUCAAACAUUCAAAAGCUACAGUCAACAAUUUACAGGUAUCUCCAAAGUCUGAAGAUAUAAGUAAAUUCGACUGGUUAGACUUGGAUCCUCUAAGUAAACCUAAGGUGGACAAUGUGGAAGUGGUAGACCACGAGGAAGAGAAAAAUAUUCCAGGUUUACUAGCAGAGGAUCCUUGGGAUGCUGUUCUUCUUGAAGAGAGAUCACCAGCAAGUUGUCACCUUGAAAGAAAGGUGAAUGGAAAAUCUCUUUCUGGGGCAACGGUAACAAGAAGCCUGUCUUUAAAUAUUCGAACAACUCAGUUUACAAAAGUCCAGGGCCAAAUAUCUCAGAAAGACCCAAGUGGGACCACUAGUUUGUCAACUGGAAGUUCUCUUCUACAAGAAAUUGAAGUACAGAAUGAAGAAGUAGCUGCUUUUUGUCAAUCCAUUACAAAAUUGAAGACCAACUUCCCAUAUACCGAUCACUGCACAAAUCCAGGCUAUUUGUUAAGUCCAGUUACAGUACAAAGAAACAUAUGUGGAGAAAAUGCUAGCGUGAAGGUCUCCAUUGAAAUUGAAGGAUUUCAACUACCAGUUACUUUUACAUGUGAUGUGAGUUCUACUGUAGAAAUCAUUAUAAUGCAAGCCCUUUGCUGGGUACAUGAUGACUUGAAUCAAGUAGAUAUUGGCAGCUACGUUCUGAAAGUUUGUGGUCAAGAGGAAGUGCUACAAAAUAAUCAUUGCCUUGGAAGUCAUGAACAUAUUCAGAACUGCCGGAAAUGGGACACAGAGAUUAAACUACAACUUUUGACCUUCAGUGCAAUGUGCCAAAAUCUGGCCCGAACAGCAGAAGAUGAUAAAACACCGGUGGAUUUAAACAAACAUCUGCAUCAAAUAGAAAAACCUUAUAAGGAGAUCAUGACAAGAUACCCUGUUGACGAACUUUUAGAUUCUUACCACCACCAAGUGGACCUGGCUCUGCAAACUGAAAACCAGCACCGAGCAGUAGAUCAAGUAAUUAAAGCUGUAAGAAAAAUCUGUAGUGCUUUAGAUGGUGUAGAGACUCUUGCCAUUACAGAAUCAGUAAAGAAGCUAAAGAGAGCAGUCAAUCUUCCAAGGAGUAAAAGUGCUGAUGUGACUUCACUGUCUGGAGAAGGAGACCCUAGUAAGAGUUCAUCUAGGGGAUCACUGAAUCCUGAAAAUCCUGUUCACGUAAGCAUGGACCAGUUAACUGCAGCAAUUUAUGAUCUUCUCAGACUCCAUGCAAAUUCUGGUAGGAGUCCUGCAGACUGUGCCCAAAGUAAUAGGAACGUUAAGGAAGCAUGGACAACAACAGAACAGCUCCAGUUUACAAUUUUUGCUGCUCAUGGGAUUUCAAGUAAUUGGGUAUCAAAUUAUGAAAAAUACUACUUGAUAUGUUCCCUAUCUCACAACGGAAAAGAUCUUUUUAAACCUAUUCAAUCAAAGAAGGUUGGCACGUAUAAGAAUUUCUUCUAUCUUAUUAAAUGGGAUGAACUAAUCAUUUUUCCCAUCCAGAUAUCACAAUUGCCAUUAGAAUCACUUCUUCACCUUACUCUUUUUGGAAUUUUAAAUCAGAGCAGUGGAAGUUCCCCUGAUUCUAAUAAGCAGAGAAAGGGGCCAGAAGCUUUGGGCAAAGUUUCUUUACCUCUUUUUGACUUUAAACGGUUUUUAACAUGUGGAACUAAGCUUCUAUAUCUUUGGACUUCGUCACAUACAAAUCCUAUUCCUGGAACAAUACCCAAAAAAGGGUAUGUGAUGGAAAGAAUAGUGUUACAGGUUGAUUUUCCUUCUCCUACAUUUGAUGUCAUUUAUACUACUCCUCAAGUUGACAGAAGCCUUAUACAGCAACACAACUUAGAAACAUUGGAGAAUGAUACAAAAGGGAAACUUUCUGAUAUUCUUCAUAGAGACUCAUCACUUGGACUUUCUAAAGAAGAUAAAGCCUUUUUGUGGGAGAAACGUUAUUAUUGCCUCAAACACCCAAAUUGUCUUCCUAAAGUACUAGCAAGUGCCCCAAACUGGAAAUGGGUUAAUCUUGCCAAAACUUACUCACUGCUUCAGCAGUGGCCUCCAUUGAACCCACUGACUGCAUUGGAACUACUUGAUUCAAAAUUUGCUGAUCAGGAAGUGAGGUCCAUAGCUGUGACCUGGAUUGAGGCCAUAAGUGAUGAUGAGCUUACUGAUCUUCUCCCACAGUUUGUGCAGGCUUUGAAAUACGAAAUUUACUUGAACAGUUCAUUAGUGCGCUUCCUUCUGUCCAGGGCAUUGGGAAAUAUACAGAUAGCACACAAUUUAUAUUGGCUCCUCAAGGAUGCCCUGCAUGAUGCACAGUUUGGUGCCCGAUAUGAACAUGUUUUGGGUGCUCUCCUCUCAAUAGGAGGAAAAGGACUCAGAGAAGAACUUUUGAAGCAGACAAAACUUGUACAGCUUUUAGGAGGAGUAGCAGAAAAAGUAAGGCAGGCUAGUGGAUCAGCCAGACAGGUUGUCCUUCAAAGGAGUAUGGAACGAGUCCAGUCCUUUUUCCUAAGAAAUAAAUGCCGUCUUCCUCUCAAACCAAGUCUUGUUGCAAAAGAAUUAAAUAUUAAGUCCUGUUCCUUCUUCAGUUCUAAUGCUGUGCCCCUAAAAGUGACAAUGGUGAAUGCUGAUCCAAUGGGGGAAGAAAUUAAUGUCAUGUUUAAGGUUGGUGAAGAUCUUCGGCAAGAUAUGUUAGCUUUACAAAUGAUAAAGAUUAUGGACAAGAUCUGGCUUAAAGAAGGACUAGAUCUGAGGAUGGUAAUUUUCAAAUGCCUCUCAACUGGCAGAGAUCGAGGUAUGGUGGAGCUAGUUCCUGCUUCAGAUACCCUCAGGAAAAUCCAAGUGGAAUAUGGUGUGACUGGAUCCUUUAAAGAUAAACCACUUGCAGAGUGGCUGAGGAAAUACAAUCCUUCUGAAGAGGAAUAUGAAAAGGCUUCUGAAAAUUUUAUCUAUUCUUGUGCUGGAUGCUGUGUAGCUACCUAUGUUUUAGGCAUCUGUGAUCGACACAAUGACAACAUAAUGCUUCGAAGCACAGGACAUAUGUUUCACAUUGACUUUGGAAAGUUUUUGGGCCAUGCACAGAUGUUUGGUAGCUUCAAAAGGGAUCGGGCUCCUUUUGUGCUGACUUCUGAUAUGGCAUAUGUCAUCAAUGGGGGUGAAAAGCCCACCAUUCGUUUCCAGUUGUUUGUGGACCUCUGCUGCCAGGCCUACAACUUAAUAAGAAAGCAAACAAACCUCUUUCUUAAUCUCCUUUCUCUGAUGAUUCCUUCAGGGUUACCUGAACUUACAAGUAUUCAAGACUUGAAAUAUGUUAGAGAUGCACUUCAACCCCAAACUACAGAUGCAGAAGCUACAAUUUUCUUCACUAGGCUUAUUGAAUCAAGUUUGGGAAGCAUUGCCACAAAGUUUAACUUCUUCAUUCACAAUCUUGCUCAGUUGCGUUUUUCUGGUCUUCCUUCCAAUGAUGAGCCCAUCCUUUCAUUUUCACCCAAAACAUACUCAUUUAGACAAGAUGGUCGAAUCAAGGAAGUCUCUGUUUUCACUUACCAUAAGAAAUACAACCCGGAUAAACAUUAUAUUUAUGUAGUCCGAAUUUUGAGGGAAGGACAGCUUGAGCCAUCAUUUGUGUUCCGGACCUUUGAUGAGUUUCAGGAGCUUCACAAUAAGCUCAGUAUUAUUUUUCCACUUUGGAAGUUACCAGGUUUUCCUAAUAGGAUGGUUCUGGGAAGAACACACAUAAAAGAUGUAGCAGCCAAAAGGAAAAUUGAGUUAAAUAGUUAUUUACAGAGUUUGAUGAGUGCUUCAACGGAUGUGGCCGAGUGUGAUCUUGUUUGUACUUUUUUCCACCCUUUACUUCGUGAUGAAAAAGCUGAAGGAAUAGCCAGGACUGCAGAUGCAGGUCCUUUCAGUCCUACUCCAGGCCAAAUUGGAGGAGCAGUGAAAUUAUCUGUCUCUUACCGAAAUGGUACUCUUUUCAUCAUGGUGAUGCACAUCAAAGAUCUUGUUACUGAAGAUGGAGCUGACCCAAAUCCAUAUGUCAAAACAUACCUACUUCCAGAUACCCACAAAACAUCCAAACGGAAAACCAAAAUUUCACGAAAAACUAGGAAUCCAACAUUCAAUGAGAUGCUUGUGUACAGUGGAUAUAGCAAGGAAACCCUAAGACAGAGAGAACUUCAACUCAGUGUUCUCAGUGCAGAAUCUCUGCGGGAGAAUUUUUUCUUGGGUGGAAUAACCCUGCCUUUAAAAGAUUUCAACUUGAGCAAAGAGACCGUUAAGUGGUAUCAGCUGACUGCGGCAACUUAUUUGUAA